UUUUUUUUUCAGACACCUCUGGAGAGUGAUAGUGCCACCACAGAUUGACAGCAUUUUGAUGCUGUAUGGAAUUAGAGAGAUGUACGUGACAUUCUGGGAUGCAAACUGCCUAAGCUGAUAAGGUAAAACCCAGUGAGCUGAAUCUGUUUUCCAGUGGUGACCCAUGCCACAAAAACAGGUACACUAUCGUUUACAAAAGGACAUAAGAAAUGCAAAAUGAUUGAGGAGAGUGGAAGAAGACGGAAGACCAUGACCGAGAAGAGGCAGCUUUUCAUGGAAAUGAGGGCCCAGAAUUUUGAUGUCAUCCGACUUUCAACAUAUCGAACGGCUUGCAAAUUAAGAUUUGUGCAGAAAAGAUGCAAUCUUCAUCUUGUUGACAUAUGGAACAUGAUCGAGGCCUUUCGGGAUAACGGCUUGAACACACUGGAUCACAACACAGAAAUGAAUGUAUCUCGAUUAGAGACAAUUAUCUCAUCUAUUUAUUACCAGCUAAAUAAACGCCUUCCCUCUACUCAUCAAAUAAGCGUGGACCAGUCAAUUAGCCUUCUCCUGAACUUCAUGAUAGCUGCAUAUGACAGUGAGGGCCAUGGGAAGCUUACUGUAUUUUCAGUAAAAGCAAUGCUGGCUACAAUGUGUGGUGGAAAGAUAGUGGACAAACUGCGAUAUGUGUUUUCCCAGAUAUCAGAUUCCAAUGGGUUGUUAAUAUUUGUGAAGUUUGACCUGUUCUUGAAAGAGGUGUUGAAACUUCCAACCGCAGUAUUUGAAGGCCCAUCAUUUGGUUACUCAGAACACUCGGUACGCACGUGCUUCCCACAGCAGAAAAAGAUAACACUGAAUAUCUUUUUAGACACAUUGAUGGCUGACCCACCUCCACAGUGCCUCAUUUGGUUACCGCUCAUGCACAGACUAGCUCAUGUUGAAAACGUGUUCCAUCCUGUGGAAUGUUCAUACUGUCGGUCUGAGAGCAUGAUGGGCUUCCGCUACCGAUGCCAACAGUGUCACAAUUACCAGCUUUGCCAAAACUGCUUCUGGCGAGGACAGGCUAGUGGUCCCCACAGUAACCAACACCAAAUGAAGGAGCAUUCUUCUUGGAAAUCUCCUGCCAAGAAACUGAGCCAUGCAAUUAGUAAAUCCCUUGGCUGUGUACCUUCUCGAGAACCCAUGCAUCCUAUGUUUCCUGAGCAACCAGAAAAGCCUCUUGACUUAUCUCAUAUAGUUCCUCCCCGUCCGUUGCCUAACAUGAAUGAUACAGUAGUUACGCACAUACCUUCUGGGGCACCGACACCUACAAAAAGGUUACAGUACAGCCCGGACAUGGCCAUUCGGCUAGCUGAUGAACAUGCACUGAUAGCAGCGUAUGUAAGUCGACUUCAGAGUGGCAAACGUAAUGUAUUGGACAGCCCUAGUCGACUAGAUGAAGAGCACAGGCUCAUCGCGCGAUAUGCUGCUAGGCUAGCUGCAGAAGCUGGGAACGCACCACGCCCUCCAACAGACCUAAGUUUUAAUUUUGAUGCCAACAAACAGCAACGGCAACUUAUUGCUGAACUAGAAAACAAAAACAGAGAAAUACUUCAGGAAAUUCAGCGACUCAGAUUAGAACAUGAACAGGCAUCUCAACCAACACCUGAGAAGGCACAGCAAAACCCUACCCUUCUAGCAGAACUAAGGCUCCUUCGGCAGAGGAAAGAUGAGCUGGAACAGAGGAUGUCGGCACUGCAGGAGAGCAGACGUGAGCUGAUGGUUCAACUAGAAGGACUAAUGAAGCUGCUGAAGGAGGAGGAGCAAAAGCAGGCAGAAGCAACAGCCAAUCAAACAGCUGAAAAGGCUCAAGCAACAAGUUCGCCUCGCUCUUCCCCCAGUCAUGGCUCUGGCCGUCCAAUUCCUAUGCCUGUCAGAUCAACGUCAGCUGGUUCAACCCCUACCCAUGUACCCCAAGACUCACUGGCUGGAGUAGGUGGGGAUGUUCAAGAAGCAUUUGCACAAGGUACGCGGAGAAACUUGAGAAACGAUUUACUAGUGGCAGCUGAUUCCAUUACGAACACCAUGUCCUCUCUAGUGAAGGAACUUCAUUCAGAUGAAGGUGGUGAUGAUGAAGAAAAGGAAAAACUGCAGAAUGGAAAAGACAGAGGUUAAAUUAGGAAAAUCAAUAUGCAAGGAAAUUCAAGCACAGUAACAUAAGACGCCAGCAGCUACAUCACAGAUGUUAUCUCACUCUUGUGAAGAGGUGCAGUCAAGUAGAUGAAGACGCCUUUAUGCGACUGUGAAGGAAUGCCACCAUUGUUAAUUAAAUAGUAUAGUUUUUGGAGGGGGAGGGAUUUUUUUUUCUGGUCCACUGAAAGUUCACUUAGUCUUACCAUGAGCAGCUAAUUUAGAAUUAAUGCAUGUACUGUGAGACAUUCAUUGAACACCACUUUGAAAGAAAAUAUCUAAAUGUCAAAAGUUUGUUUUUUAUUUUACAAAAUAAGCUAUUACCACUUAAAAAUGUACUGGUAAUGUCUGAUUUACUACUGAAGCAAUGAUGAAGCUAUCAUAGGCUGCUGUUACCAUUAUGAUCUUUGACCCUUAGUAUGUUGCAUAAUGCUGACUGCUGACAUUUUUAUACAGGUAUACCUAUGAGUAUGGUUAUGUGUACAUAUACGUGUGUAUAUGUACACACACACACACGCACACACGCACAAAGACUUGCACCUGUUUAUCUACAUCUAUGUUUAUGCAUAUUUAUUUUCCUACCAAAACAUUUGUCAUUUAGUACUUGUCACCCAUGAUACAAAAAAGUUUUUGGUACUAACUUACCUUUUUUUAAUUAGUGCAGCAGAGUUUGAACAGGACUAGAUUUAUGCCAGAAGGGACAUUUUGCACUUAUUUUCUGUAUGGAAUUCUUCUUUGUCUUUGAUUUAAACCUUGACAGUCUUUUGAUGAAGCUAUUUAUAUGUCAGGAUAACUAAUUAUAAAGAGGAUGUGAAAGACAGAGCAGUAAUAUAGAGACUGUGUCACAUGUGAGAGAGAAUGAGUGUGUGUGUGCUUUAGUGUGUGCAUGUGAAUCUGUCAUGAACUUGGGCACUUUUUUGUUGUGUUUUUUUUUAUACUUUUUGUGCUAGUGAGCUGUGCAAGCAGAGAAACAAAGUUAAUCACUGGCCUUAAUACAGUAGGUGAGUUUAGUAUCGAUUUUGUUUUUUUGCCAAGUAACCUUACUUUCUAAGUAUGUGCCACAAUGUGUAAUAUGUUCUAAAUAUUUGUGUUACUCAGUUUCUGUUCUUUUACAAUAGCACUGAAUAUUUUAAUUCCAUAAGAGGCAGCAUGUUUGUCCGAUUUUAUUUUUUUGGCCUGUAAUUAAAUUCAGCCCUCAGACUGUAAACCUCUCAGUGGCUAAUUUUACUUUAUUUUAUAGUUUUGAAUAUAUAUAUUUUCAUUCCAGAAGUGAACUUCCAAAGGUAAAUGGAAACAAAACAUAAUUUUCAAUAUUACCUAUAGAGUUUGACAGUAGUGUAUGUUUGCAUUGAAAUGCAUUUAAUUUGUUUACAAAUGUAUACUGUAUGUAUAUUGAGAAG